GCGUGCUGGUCCUUCUCUGAACCGCUCGCGCCCCUCCUCUGACGCAGCGCCGCAAUAAAAGUCCUUUCCCAGAGGAGCCGUCAGAGAAGCGCGCGUGGCUGAAUCACGGCUGCACGGCGCGCAAAUGGGGAAUUAUGAAUGAAUGAACGACACACGGCGUUGAUAGCAGGAGGCGUGUUUCUAACUCUCUGCACAUGUCCGAGGACCGCCUGAGGAACAGAUCGCAUCUCCGGCGUCUCCUUUUGGAUUAGAGCCGCGCGUAAAAGUUGGGGGCGGAGGGGACUUUAAAAGAAAUAUAAAAUAAAAUGCUGGCGACCGCUCUGUUCCUGCUGUCGUGCUGGGGAACCUGCGCGUCGGCCACGCGCGUCUCCUUCUCCAACUUCUCCGUGGACAACGAGGUGGGCUCCAGCUUCAUCCACCGGAGACUGCGGAGCCAGGAGCGCAGGGAGAUCCAGCGGGAGAUCCUCUCCAUCCUGGGCCUGCCGCACCGCCCGCGGCCGCACGCUCACGCCAAGCACAACGCCGCUCCGACGUUCAUGCUGGAUCUGUACAACACCGUGUCCACGGCGGCAGAGCCGCGCGCUUACUCGCGGUACAGGGCGGUUUUGGAGGGGCAGGCGUCGGCGGUGGUGAGCCCGCAGGACAGCCGCUUCCUGGACGACGCGGACACGGUGAUGAGCUUCGUCAACCUCGUCGACGGGGACCGUGACCUCCUGGUCCGGCCGCACACGCAGGCGUUUCGUUUCGACGUGUCCCGUAUCCCAGAGGGCGAGGCCAUCACUGCCGCGGAGUUCAGGAUCUACAAAGACUUCAUCCGGGAGCGUGACGGGAAUGAAACCUUCCGAGUCAGUGUCUACCAAGUCCUUCAGGAGCCUCCAGACAGCGAAGCGGCACUCUUGCUGCUGGAUCAGCGAGACGUUUGGGCUUCAGAUGACGGAUGGCUUGUGUUUGAUCUGACCGCUACCAGCACCCUGUGGCAGCUCAGCCCUCAGCAGAACCUGGGACUGCACCUGGUUCUCGAGGACAACAACGGCCAGAAGAGGAAUCCCCGAAGAGCUGGGCUGCUGACUGGGAGUGGGCCUAAAGAUAAGCAGCCUUUCCUCGUUGUCUUUUUUAAAGUCAACGAGGUGCGGUUCCGCGGCGCUCGCUCGGCUCCCGGCCAAAAAGGACGGCAGUCAAACCGCUCCAAACAACAGAAGGCGGUCCAAGAAGCACUGAAGGCAGCAGAGGCCGGGACUGAUACCCUCGGAUUGUCAAAAGAGGGCUGUAAGAAACACGAGCUGUAUGUCAGUUUCAGAGAUUUAGGAUGGCAGGACUGGAUAAUAGCGCCGGAGGGCUACGCUGCGUAUUACUGUGAGGGCGAGUGUGCUUUCCCUCUCAACUCCGACAUGAAUGCCACCAAUCACGCCAUCGUGCAAACUCUGGUGCACUUCAUCAACCCGGAGACGGUGCCACAGCCCUGCUGCGCCCCAACGCAGCUCAACGGCAUCUCAGUGCUGUACUUUGACGACAGCUCCAACGUCAUCCUCAAGAAAUACCGUAACAUGGUGGUCAGAGCCUGCGGCUGUCAUUAACGGGUUUUUUUUUUUUAACGCCUUUUGCCCGACUUCUGCAAGUGUAAAAGAAUGUCAUGAGGCAGAAAGAGGAGUGGCUGGACACAAGAGAAGAUGGAGUCUCUGGUCUGCAAACGCUUGUGCCAAAGUGGUAAAUCGCUAUGACAGGGAGCAGCUACGGCAGACUAUGUCUAAAAGGAGAAAACUUCAGACUUUCGUAGACUUUUCAAGCACAAACCAAACUUAGAGGAAGUUAACAGUUUGCAGAGAUUGGAUCUUAAGCAUCACAUACUGUAUUUGCAGUUGAGGGUCCAGUCUUCUGAAUGAAUCUGGGUUUCCUGGGUCAGGUGUGCGACAUUUGACAGCUGCCUACGCUGCCCAGCCAAAAAAUUAGUCACACCGGAUCACCUUUAGCUUUACGGCUCUUGUUCCCUGCGUCGUCUGAAAGCUUCCGCAGUUUGUCCAGAUUUGCGUAACUUUUUCACCUCCAUCUUUUAGAGAUGAUGGGAGAGUCACACUGCUCUGCGCGUCCCAACCUUGACUCUGUCGAGUCAAAGUUUGACCGCAUGCAACUACUCUCAAACAAUUUGAACCCAAUGAAUCCUUGGAUUUUUUUUAUUUUAUUUGUUUUUUGUGGGGUUUUUUAUAUUUGAUUUUUUUUAAGGGGACGCGGCUGUUUAAUUCUAAUCCCUUGAGUUUCCUUCGCGUUGUGCGUGUGGAAAUGUUUUUACUUUUACAACUGAACGUAGCCUUGAGCCUUACUUUUUAACAAUUUAAUUUCAUGAAGAGCUUAAAGCCACAGGAUGUAACUUUUACAAAAAUAAGUUUUUUCCAUAUUUGUUAUGAUCAACCUCCUCACAGUGCUGCUGUUGCUGUGAUA